AUGUUAGUAAAAUGCGAAACUAAAAGUCAGCGUGUGAAAAGUAUUUCAUUCCAUCCAAAAAUUGAGCUAGUGUUAGCUGGAUUACAUAAUGGAACAAUACAAUUAUGGGAUUAUAGAAUAGGAAUAUUAAUAAAUAAAUUUGAAGAACAUGAUGGGCCUGUAAGAGGUAUCUGUUUUCAUUCUGUUCAACCUCUUUUUGUUAGUGGAGCUGAUGAUUAUUUAAUAAAAGUUUGGAAUAUUCACUUAAAAAAAUGUGUUUUUAAUUUAACUGGGCAUUUAGAUUAUAUAAGAACAGUACAAUUUCAUCCUAACUAUCCAUGGAUAUUAUCUGCAUCUGAUGAUCAAACUAUUCGUAUAUGGAAUUGGCAAAGUAGAGUCUGCAUAGCUAUAUUAACAGGUCAUAAUCAUUAUGUAAUGUCUGCUGAAUUUCAUCCAAUAUAUGAUAUAAUUAUAUCAGGUAGUUUAGAUAAAACUAUAAGAGUAUGGGAUAUUAAAUUAUUACGUGAAAAAAAUGUAAUACAUUCUAAUAACAAUAUGAAUAGUAAUAAUGGUGGUAUAUCUGGAAUGGGUUCUAUUUCAGAAAAACCAUAUGGUCUUGAUGUAUCUAAUAGUUUAUUAGGUAUUAAUGUAGAUAAUGGAAUGAAUAAUCAUUUGAUGGGAUCAUCUUUUCAUCAUCAAAAUAGUAAUAAUAAUAUGUUUGGAGCUUCUGAUGCUGUUUGUAAGUUUAUAUUAGAUGGACAUGAAAAAGGAAUAAAUUGUUGUACAUUUCAUCAUAAUUUACCUAUUAUUGCAUCUGGUUCAGAUGAUAAAUUAAUAAAAUUGUGGAGAUAUAAUGAUAGUAAAUGUUGGGAAUUAGAUACACUAAGAGGGCAUUUUAAUAAUGUUUCAAGUUUGUUAUUUCAUAAAAAUAAUGAUGAUUUAUUAUUAAGUAAUAGUGAAGAUAGAACAAUGCGUGUUUGGGAUAUAACAAAAAGAGUUUGUAUUCAUACAUUUAGAAGAGAAAAUGAUCGUUUUUGGGUUCUAGCAUUUAAACCUAAUUCUAAUUUGAUUGCAUCUGGACAUGAUAGUGGAAUGGUUAUUUUUAAAUUUGAUAAAGAAAAAUGUCCAUAUGAUAAAAAUGAGAGUUCACUUUUUUAUUGUAAAAAUAAACAAGUUAUUAUGUAUAAUAUAUUUACAAAUGAAUAUAUGAAUUUGUUUCCAGUAAAAAAAAAUCCAAAUCCUAUGAUUUCUAAUUAUUAUAAAUUAUUUGUUAAUAAUUUUUGUACAACACAUAUUGCUAUCAUAUUUUUAUAUAAAGAAGAAGAUCAACUUUUUUAUGAUUUAAUAAUUUGUAAUGAUACAAAUAAAUGUAAUCAAAAUAAUUCACAAACAUUUUCAAAUUCACCAUUAGGUGUAUUCAAAUCUUGGAUUAAACGAGAUAAUAUAUCAGCAAAUCAAACAGGUAGCGAAAAUGAUACAGGACUUAAUACAGAAUCUGUUAAUUAUAUAAUUAAAAAUAAAAGUUGUUUAUAUGCUACUUUUUUUUCUAGAAAUAAAUAUAUUUUUGUCGAAAAAAAAAAUGUAAAUAUUGGACAUAAUAAUAAUAACAAUUCUUUAUAUACAAUAAAUAUACAUAAUUUUCCAGAUGAUAAUUUAUACAAACGAAUAGAAGUGCCUUUUAAAAUAGAACAUCUAUAUUCAUUAAAUAAUAAUAAAAUUAUUAUAUGUUCAGAAAAUAAAAUAUAUUUAUAUGACAUAAAUUUAAAAACAAUACUAAAUGAAAUGCAUCAUACAGAUGUAAUUAUAUCUGUCGAAAUUGUUAAGGAAUAUAUCGCAUUUGUGUUUAAAUAUAACAUUGUAAUUACUACUAUAAAUUUGAAUCAUAUAUGUACAGUACAUGAGAAUAUAAGAAUAAAAACAGGAACAUGGGAUAGUUGUGGAAAUAAAAAUGUUUUUAUAUAUAAUACACAUACUCAUUUAAAAUAUCUUUUAACAAAUAGUGAAAAAGGGUUAAUAAAAUAUAUGAAUGAACCUGUUUAUUUAUUUAAAGUUUAUAAUAAUAAAAUAUAUUAUAUAAAUAGAAAAUAUAAUAUAAUUAGUGAUAAAUUAAAUGAUACAGAAUAUAUGUUUAAAUUAUCUCUAAUUAAUAAUGAUGAACCAAUGGCUUAUCACUAUUUAGAAAUGUAUCGAAAUUCUCAAAAUAAAAUUGAAAAUAAUAAUGGAAAAAAGAGUGUUUAUUUUAGUUAUAAUUUAAUUGGAUAUAUUAAAAAAAAAGGGUUUGCAAAUUUAGUUCUUCAAAUGGUUAGUAACAAUCAUAUAAUUUUUAACAUGUCUAUACAAUUAGGAAAUAUUGAAAAUGCAUUAAAAAUUGCAAAAAAAAUUGAUAAAAAACAUAUUUGGGAAAUUUUAAGUAAUCAUGCAUUAUUGUUAGGAAAUUAUGAAAUAGCAGAAUAUUCAUUACAAAAAAUUAAAGCAUAUGAUAAGUUAUCAUUUUUAUAUUUUUUUAGUGGAAAUAUAGAAAAAUUAAAAAAAAUGUUAUCAGUUUCAAUAUUCCGUAAAGAUUUUAUAUCAACAUUUCUAAAUUCUAUAUAUAUUGGAGAUAUAGAACAAAGAAUAAAUAUAUUUAUACAACAGGGUCAAUAUAAUUUAGCUUUAUUAUGUUCACAUCUUUAUAACAUUCCCAUUAAUUUAUCAGAAAAGGAAUUUGGUUUUGAUAUCACUAAUUGCAAUUAUAUUCCUACGACAUCUUUUUAUUUAUCCCCCCCUAUACCUUUAAUUAAAAUUAAGGAAAAUGGAGAAAAAAGUGGAGACCCCAAUUUAACUUAUUGGAAUAGUUCAUAUAAUUGGCCAGUUAAGGUUAUAGAAAGCAAACAAAAUUAUUAUUAUAUUGAUCAUGAAAAUAAAAUAAAAAAAACGAACCAAAUGAAAUAUAAAGAAGAAAUAGGAAAUAUGGAUUCAAAUAAUGAUCAUUUAUUAAUUAACAGCCAAACGUAUAGUAAUAGUCGAAUAAGCAAACUUGACAAUACUCCAAAUUGUAAUGAUAAUAAUUAUAAUAAUGAUGAUAAUAAUGAUGAUAAAAAUAGUAGUCUUGGUGAUAACAAUGAUAUUUGGAAAGAUGAUUUAAACGAUGAUGAUAUAGAUAUCGAUUUACCAGAAAAUCAUGAUAAUAAUUUAUUUAAUUUGGGUAAUAAUAAUAAAGGUGGAAAAAUAGUUAAGGGGGAAAAUAUGAUAUUAAAACAUUUAAAAAAAAAUGGUAAAAUUAAUGAUCAUAUAAAAGCAGGAAAUAUACAAAUUGCUUUAAAAUUAAUUUCAAAAAAAUAUGGAAUUAUAGAUAUGAAACCAUUUAAACAAAUUAUAAAAAAUGUUUAUAUUUCUACAUAUGCAUAUAUAACACCUAUUCAAAAUUUUAUUCCUUUAAAAAUUCCAAUAAAUAUUAAUGAAUAUAAUUUACCUGAACAUGUUCAUAAUAAUAUAAAUACAACAUAUAUUACUAAAAAUUUCCUUUUUAAUCAAGUAAAAAAAGCACAUAAAUUAGUAACUCAAGGAAAAUUCUCAUCAGCUUUAUCUUUGUUUAGAAAUAUUUUAUAUAGUAUGAUUUUUGUUAAUACAAAUGAAAAUGAAAAGGAAUUAAAUGAAUAUCUUAGUAUGUGUACAAAUUAUAUUUUGGCUAUGAGAUUAGAAGAAGAAAGAAAUGCUACUUGUAAUGAUGAUCCACGACGAAGUUUAGAAUUGAUGGCAUAUUUUACAUCUUGUUCUUUACAAAAUUCACAUCUUUAUCUUGUUCUUAGAAGAGGAAUGGGUUUAGCAUGGAAAGCUCAAAAUUAUAUUACAGCUGGCUCGUUUGCUAAACGAUUAAUAAAUGGAAAUUAUGAAAACAUAAAAGGGUCAGACGAAGAAAUCAUAAAAGCAAAAAAAAUAUUAAUUGUUUGUGAACAGAAAAGCACAGAACAGUAUAAUAUAGAUUACGACCCGAACGACUACAACAAUAUCAAAAUAUGUAGCAUGAGUCUCACUAAAAUUAAUCCGAAUGAGGAAAUUGUUACAUGCCCCUUUUGCCAUUCCAUUGCAAAAAAAAGUUUUGCAUCCAAGUUGUGUUCUAAUUGUAUAGUUGCCCAAUUAGGAAUAAAAGCUCUUGGAUUUGAUUUUUUAAAUAAAAAUAUUUAA